ACUCAGCCUUCUUUCUCGGCGUGCGACGAACGUCGAGGGUUCGCAAGGCCAGAGGCGCGGAUUCCGGGGCCCUGUUGCGACGGCUCGCCGUCGCGCGACGCGGUUUUUGCCGCUCACUUUGUCGUCCUCAUCAGCAGCUACGGCCGCGCUGCCGAGUCUGUACAUUUUUUUUCCCCACAGCAAAACAAAGGAGUUACGCGACUUCGGUUCAGCGGCUGCUGCUGCUGUCGCUGCUGCCACCGACGCUGGGAAACACUAAGCGAAAGCGAUGACCGAAGGCGGUGCGUGGGAUGCAAUCUUUCUCAGGCUGCUCGUCUUCUGUUCCGCAAUCACUAGAGGGCUGUUGCAGGCCCAGACUCCAGCUCCUAGUGUCUCGCCACCAGUGGUGUCCGAUUCGGAGGUAUGCGCCCAAAGCUACCCCGGCCAGCAGGCUUACCCCAUGGGGAGGACAGCCCAGAUCACUGGAAAGUUGGGCCUAAACACCUUCGCAGCCAGCUUCGGCAACCCCAACCCGUGCCUGGUCCAAUGCCGGACGGCCUCGGGUAACGUCUGGACGGCGGCCAAGCCUUGGGGCACGCCCUGCAUCUUGCACGGAGAGCAGCGGUUCUGCGCGGCCAAUGCUUGCGUGCUGAGGAACGACUCGUACAUCGACUACUGCCGUCAGAACUUCCAGACGGGCAACGCAAUCAUUGCGCUAACUCCAUACAUGUGCACACUUGAGUGUAUCGACAUCACCACUGGAAUUGUCCUCAAGGUGAAGAUGACAGACGGCAGUGCGUGUCAAGCUAAUACUGGCCGGGGAUAUGAGCCGGGCUUCUGCUACAGCGGCGCAUGCACUAUCGCCAUAGUGCCCUACGUGCGACGGCUCUUCCCUAGUUACAACAGGCUCGGCCUGCUGUUCGGAUGACGUCACUGCCUCCGUGACCCAGUGUUUCUCUACGCGUGUCAACUGGAGCUGUUUUCGCCGUGGAUUAUGGUUGUCAGUGAGCAGAAAAAAAAAGAGAACAAGAUCGUGUCCUGCUACUGUUGUCUGCAACCUAGAUGCAACAUGCACAGUUGUGCGUUGAUCGUACCUCUCCUCCUGGUUGGGCCUAACACUGUGCGGCUUAGCAGAAUUGGUUACACUGGAUGUUUGGAGUGUCUGACUUCCUGAGCAAUCACCCAUUAGAUACUGCAGU